GCUAUGUUGUUCAGUCAGACUUUGUCCAACAAAAACACAUCUCCUUCGAAUAUAGCUAGUCUCAACUUAUGAUUAAUAUGGGGUGUGCUAACUUAGGAAUCAACACAGCGUUCUUCGCUUACCUGCUCUUGCUUCAACUGCCACUUAAAUGUGCCAAUCCUGUUCGACCUUCCAGUCCAGCUGAAUCGAAGAAUUCCGGACCGCCAAAGUUGGGUCCAAACCUUGUCCUAAUCCACAAUUUCUCGCACAACGAAACAAAACUGAGACAGGAUUACCAAAAUACAUUAAACGGAAAUGAAGAAGAUCAAAUUGCGAUUGCGAACGAACCUGUUAUGACGACAAGUAAGGAAAUGCCCCUUGUGCUGCAAGGAGGAAGCUUCGAUGAUUUCGUGAAUCCUCCGCCUCAACUACCUGCACCCGCCACCCAUCAGCCAUCGCCAUCUGUUACUUCUUCUGAUUCGGUAGUGGAUCUUCCACUGUUUUAUCCACCACUGCCAGACCGACCGACCAGCUACGGUACUAUUCGUGACACUUUCAAUCCUCAUCCGGAACGCGGAAACAGCAACUCUCGUCGUCAAUCCUCCGGAUCCGCUUCCUUCAAACCCAGUAUUUUUGGCUUCCCUGUAAUAUCCAAUACACGCGAAAAUGUGGGUCAUCAAAUAAGUUGGUAAGUCAAGGAUGUUGGGAGGAUGGCAUGUACAUAAUUCGCUUGUUCCGCAAAAAGCAUAUGAUGUUGAAGACUGUUGAGCAGUCGUAAAAUUUCAUUUCUAUAUUGUUGUAAUACUUGAACAAUGAAAUUAACAAUCUGUGUAACCCAAUUGGUUGAAAUACAAUCUUUAUGAAAACAA